GACGCUUCUCCUUUUGGCUGCUGACGGAGCCACGGGAAGAUGCCGGGGUGCUGCCACGCCACCGAGCUGGUGCACGUUCCCGGAGGGCGCCGGGGCACGCGUGUGUCUAAGCUGGUUUUCUCCUCCCGUUGCUAGGGAAAUGGUCCAGGAGUACUGGGUGUGAGCCUCCCUUCCUGUCACGCCGGAGACUGCGGUUGUCAUUGAUCAAUUGAAGAAGCAAGACUCGAAAUUACAGACAUUAGCAAUGAUGUGUGAAGUGAUGCCCACGAUUAAUGAGGAUACCCCAAUGAGCCAAAGGGGGUCCCAGAGCAGUGGUUCGGAUUCAGACUCCCACUUUGAGCAACUGAUGGUGAAUAUGCUAGAUGAAAGGGAUCGUCUUCUAGAUACCCUUCGAGAGACACAGGAAAGCCUCUCCCUGGCUCAGCAAAGACUUCAGGAUGUCAUUUAUGACCGAGAUUCACUCCAGAGACAGCUCAAUUCAGCUCUGCCACAGGAUAUCGAAUCCCUAACUGGAGGGCUGACUGGUUCUAAGGGGGCUGAUCCACCGGAAUUUGCAGCACUGACAAAAGAAUUAAAUGCCUGCAGGGAACAACUUCUAGAAAAGGAAGAAGAAAUUUCAGAACUUAAAGCUGAAAGAAACAACACCAGACUGUUACUGGAGCAUUUGGAGUGCCUUGUGUCACGGCAUGAAAGGUCACUAAGAAUGACGGUGGUAAAACGACAAGCCCAGUCCCCCUCAGGAGUAUCCAGUGAAGUUGAGGUUCUCAAGGCGCUGAAAUCUUUGUUUGAGCACCACAAGGCCUUGGAUGAAAAGGUAAGGGAGCGACUGAGGGUUUCUUUAGAAAGAGUCUCUGCCCUGGAAGAAGAACUAGCUGCUGCUAAUCAGGAGAUUGUUGCCUUGCGUGAACAAAAUGUUCAUAUACAAAGAAAAAUGGCAUCAAGUGAGGGAUCCACAGAGUCAGAACAUCUUGAAGGGAUGGAACCUGGCCAGAAAGUCCAUGAAAAGCGUUUGUCCAAUGGUUCUAUAGAUUCAACGGAUGAAACUAGUCAAAUAGUCGAACUACAAGAAUUACUUGAAAAGCAAAACUAUGAAAUGGCGCAAAUGAAGGAACGUUUAGCAGCCCUUUCUUCCCGAGUGGGAGAAGUAGAACAGGAAGCAGAGACAGCAAGAAAAGAUCUCAUUAAAACAGAAGAAAUGAACACUAAAUAUCAAAGGGACAUUAGGGAGGCCAUGGCACAGAAGGAAGAUAUGGAAGAAAGAAUCACGACCCUUGAGAAGCGUUACCUCAGUGCUCAGAGAGAAUCUACCUCCAUACAUGACAUGAAUGAUAAACUAGAAAAUGAACUGGCAAAUAAAGAAGCCAUCCUACGGCAGAUGGAAGAGAAAAACAGACAGUUACAAGAGCGUCUUGAGCUAGCUGAGCAAAAGUUACAGCAGACUAUGAGAAAGGCUGAAACCUUACCUGAAGUAGAGGCUGAACUGGCUCAGAGAAUUGCAGCCCUAACAAAGUCUGAUCCAACCUCUUCUACCUCAUCUGAUGAUUAUCAAUAUGUUAUGGAAGCUAAACUACAAGAAAUGAUCUCCAUACGUAGGAAGGCUGAAGAAAGGCACGGGAAUAUUGAAGAACGUAUGAGACAUCUGGAAGGUCAACUUGAAGAGAAGAAUCAAGAACUUCAAAGAGCUAGGCAAAGAGAGAAAAUGAAUGAGGAACAUAACAAAAGAUUAUCUGAUACUGUGGACAGACUUCUGACCGAAUCCAACGAACGCUUGCAGUUACACUUAAAGGAAAGAAUGGCUGCUCUAGAAGAGAAGAAUGUUUUAAUUCAAGAAUCAGAAACUUUCAGAAAGAAUCUUGAAGAGUCAUUACAUGAUAAGGAAAGAUUAGCAGAAGAAAUCGAAAAGCUGAGAUCUGAACUUGAUCAACUGAAAAUGAGAACUGGCUCCUUAAUCGAACCCACAAUAUCAAGAACUCAUUUAGACACUUCAGCUGAAUUGCGGUAUUCAGUGGGAUCCCUAGUGGACAGUCAAUCUGAUUACAGAACGACUAAAGUAAUAAGAAGACCCCGGAGAGGACGCAUGGGUGUUCGAAGAGAUGAGCCAAAGGUGAAAUCUCUUGGGGAUCAUGAGUGGAACAGAACUCAGCAAAUUGGAGUGCUAAGCAGCCACCCUUUUGAAAGUGACACUGAAAUGUCCGAUAUUGAUGAUGAUGAUAGAGAAACUAUUUUUAGCUCGAUGGAUCUCCUCUCUCCAAGUGGGCAUUCGGAUGCCCAGACGUUAGCUAUGAUGCUCCAGGAGCAGUUGGAUGCCAUCAACAAAGAAAUCAGACUAAUUCAGGAAGAAAAGGAAUCUACGGAGCUGCGUGCUGAAGAAAUUGAGAAUAGAGUGGCGAGUGUAAGCCUGGAAGGCCUGAAUUUGGCAAGGGUCCACCCAGGUACCUCCAUCACUGCCUCUGUCACAGCUUCAUCGCUGGCCAGUUCAUCUCCUCCUAGUGGACACUCAACGCCAAAACUCACCCCACGAAGCCCUGCUAGAGAAAUGGAUCGGAUGGGAGUCAUGACACUGCCAAGUGAUCUAAGGAAACAUCGAAGAAAGAUUGCAGUUGUGGAAGAAGAUGGUCGGGAGGAUAAAGCAACAAUUAAAUGUGAAACUUCUCCUCCCCCCACCCCUCGGGCCAUCAGAAUGACACAUACCCUCCCUUCCUCCUACCAUAAUGAAGCCCGAAGUAGUUUAUCCGCCUCUCUUGAGCCAGAAAGCCUUGGGCUUGGCAGUGCCAACAGCAGCCAAGACUCUCUUCACAAAGCCCCCAAGAAGAAGGGAAUCAAGUCUUCAAUAGGACGUUUAUUUGGUAAAAAGGAAAAAGCACGUCUUGGCCAGCUCCGAGGCUUUAUGGAGACUGAAGCUGCAGCUCAGGAGUCCCUGGGGUUAGGCAAACUUGGAACUCAAGCCGAAAAGGAUAGAAGACUGAAGAAAAACACAUCUGGGCACGAACUUCUUGAAGAAGCUCGGAGAAAGGGAUUACCUUUUGCUCAGUGGGAUGGGCCCACUGUGGUUGCGUGGCUGGAGCUCUGGUUGGGAAUGCCUGCUUGGUAUGUGGCAGCCUGUCGAGCCAAUGUGAAGAGUGGUGCUAUCAUGUCUGCUUUAUCUGACACUGAGAUUCAGAGAGAAAUUGGAAUUAGCAAUCCACUGCAUCGCUUAAAACUCCGAUUAGCAAUCCAGGAGAUGGUCUCCCUCACAAGUCCUUCAGCUCCUCCAACAUCCCGAACUCCUUCAGGCAACGUUUGGGUGACCCAUGAAGAAAUGGAAAAUCUUGCAGCUCCAGCAAAAACGAAAGAAUCUGAGGAAGGAAGCUGGGCCCAGUGUCCUGUUUUUCUACAGACCCUGGCUUAUGGAGAUAUGAACCAUGAGUGGAUUGGAAAUGAAUGGCUUCCCAGUCUGGGGUUACCUCAGUACAGAAGUUACUUCAUGGAAUGCUUGGUAGAUGCAAGGAUGUUAGAUCACCUAACAAAAAAAGAUCUCCGUGUCCACUUAAAAAUGGUGGAUAGCUUCCAUCGGACAAGUUUACAGUAUGGAAUUAUGUGCUUAAAACGGUUGAAUUAUGACAGAAAAGAACUAGAAAGAAGACGAGAAGCAAGUCAACAUGAAAUAAAAGAUGUGCUGGUGUGGAGCAAUGAUCGAGUUAUUCGCUGGAUACAAGCAAUUGGACUUCGAGAAUAUGCAAAUAAUAUUCUUGAGAGUGGCGUGCAUGGCUCCCUGAUAGCUCUGGAUGAGAACUUUGACUACAGCAGCCUGGCUUUGUUGUUACAGAUUCCAACCCAGAACACCCAGGCAAGGCAGAUUCUUGAAAGGGAAUACAAUAACCUCUUGGCCCUGGGGACUGAGCGGCGACUAGAUGAAAGCGAUGACAAGAAUUUCAGACGUGGAUCGACCUGGAGAAGGCAGUUUCCACCUCGCGAAGUACAUGGAAUCAGCAUGAUGCCUGGGUCCUCAGAAACAUUACCAGCAGGAUUCAGGUUAACCACAACAUCUGGGCAGUCAAGGAAAAUGACAACGGAUGUUGCCUCAUCAAGACUGCAGAGGUUAGACAACUCCACUGUUCGCACAUACUCAUGUUGACAAGCCACUCAAAGGAGGCAGCACUGACCUGCUAUGUCGUCUUUUCAGUCUACUCUACCUAAAGUGCACUACCAUCCCAGAAGACGAACAGGGAAGACCUCCGUGAAGACUGCAUUCUAGUAAUGACAAGGAAUGGUUCAUUAAAAGCUGAACACAUGAUUUUGGGGGGAGUCAGAGAUGGAGUUUGAUUAGUUUACUUAAAAUUGUAAUAAAAUGCGUAAGUCAUUUGAAUAAUAAGCAUCAUCUACAUCAUAAAUUCUGUACAACAGAUGCUUCUAUGAAAUGGAGCCACUUGUUUUUUUUCAUGUUUUAUUGUAAUAUACUAGGCAUUUAUGUAUUACUGUGUAUUUCUUUUUAAAUGUGUAAGUCUUAUGUAAAUGGAUAUAAAUAUGAUUUUUUAACAAAAUAAAAUAUAUGGUUCAUGGAGUCUUGAGUGCAAACAUUUGACAAUUCCAAGUACUGUUUGUAUUUUACCAUUCCACCAUUUUUACAGUUUUUGAAAUGUAACAGUCAAAUCAAUAUGUCUCCUUGGAGCAUGGACCAUGCUUCGACAUGUUUCUCCUUCAAGUCUGUCGAUACUUAAAGCUGAACACCUGCCUCUGAUCAUGUAAAAAAAAGAAAAAAAAAAAAAACAAAAAAAAAAAAACCAAAAAAACAAAAACAAAAAAAAGGAAUGAUUUAACUUGGAACUGGAGCCAAAAAUAGACCUUUAAAGGCAAUCAGGGAUGUCCUAUAUCUUAAAAAAAAUAGCACUGUGAUGGCUCGAUCUCCUUUUCGAUACAAAACAAAGCCGAACUGUUUACAAAAAUUAAAUUAAAAGCAAUUAUUUAAAAAAUUUAUAUGAAGAAAAAUUAUCUUGUUACCUAUGGACCAAGAAAAAAAAAAAAAAAACCUUCUUUACUAAGAACCACAUGUUCAUUCAAAUCUUUUAAACUGCCAGCCAGCACUGGACAGUGAACAUCAAACCACAAUAGAGUCUGAGGAUCAUCUCCACCAGGAAAAGACAAAACCCUUCCCCUUCGUAAAUGUAACAGGGCAUUAGCCAGACUCACAUCUAAUAUUAUAAGCUUUUAGCCAAGAUGGCCUUGUUGCGACUUCCCUGAAGUCAGUUUUUAAUCAGAGGAAAUAAAAGAAAGACAGAAUGAUUAACAUAUAUAGUGUAUAAAAGUAUAGAAGAGUAAUCUCUUCCCUGUGGCUUUAUUCGGUGGUGUUACUGUUGUUUAUUCUUUGUUUAUAUGGGGAAUUCAAAGUAAAAUCUCUUUAAUAAUGCCAUUUAUCUAACUGCUGAUUUUCUGCUGCUUGAUCUUAUUAAGCGCAAGAUGUCAUUAGUAAUUUCUUUUUGUAUUUUACUUUGCUCUGUUUGCACGUACACUACAUUUGUUUUGAUGUCUAUUUUUGUUUAACAGAUUCAGUCAAAAACGGUAAUGGUAACAGAAACCCUCUCCAUUGUCAAUAAAAAAAAAAAAGAAAAAACACUUCCAGUUCUCUGUUUAAACUCUGUUUUCUAGUCACACAGUUUGACUAUCUACCUGAACUGUCACAAAAAACGUUCUCCCAGUGACUCUCAAUCUACUAUUCAUUAUCGUCAGUGGUAAAUCUGCCACAAGAGGGAGUACUAAACUUGCUUAUGGGAAUGAUGUGAGCGUUUCUAAAAAUGUCGCCUAAGCUAAAAUAACAGCCAAGAUCUUUUUAAACUCAUCUGAAUUUGAGGGUCUGGUUUCACAUAAAUGAAAUAUAAUACAGGAUCUAUGACAUCAUAAUACCAUAACUAGAUUUGUACUCUUGUAUAUACCAUUCAAUUACUAACGUCCGGUUCUUCUCUUCAGAGAUCACUUAAGAAAUAGUAAUCUAUAAUAGAACCUAACAUAUACUGACACGAAAUAUCCAGGGAUACAUGUCUCAAGUAUAAAAUACAUUUUAACUUAUAAUAUCAUUUCUAUCAGAUUUUAAAAUCCAUUUAAUGGAUUAAGCCCAGGGUCUCAAUAUUCCUCCUUCUGGAUAAUCAACAUUAUAAUUUUUCUCAUUUUGACUGAUCAGGGCCUUACAAACACAAUUUUACAUAAAUAACACUUUUUAAAUGUAAGGUAGGAAUCAUUUGUAUAUAUUUACUAUAUUUUCAUGAGUGAAUUAACUCCGUUAAUUAGAAAACACUUUUCUAUAGAUUUUGAAAGGACUUUAUAUUUACAUUUUUCCAA